CGGCAACCAGCCAGCCAGUGUCUGGUGAACGUGCGUGUGCGCAGGCGCGCGCGCGUGUCUCUGCCUCUGUGUGCGCGCGCGCGUGUGUGUGUGUGUGCGGACCAGCAGCGAACACACACACACACACACACUUAACAUUCGUUCGCAACAUGGCGUUGAAGCGCCGAGAGACACGGCGGCUCUCCCCGGACUAGUGAAAUCUUCUUGGGGAAAGCCAAGAGGGGAACCGGGGGGGGGGUUUAACCAAAAAGAGACCGGAAGAGAGAGAGAGAGAGAGAGAGAGUCCGUUACGCACCGGCGGGGGAGACAAUAGCGGAUUCCAGCAUAUGCAUGUCGCUAUAACGGUAUCGCUGGUCGGAGCCCGUAGACGCGCCGCGCCGCCCCCCCGGUGGAGACCGAGAGGCUGCACAUGGCGGUGGACAGAACGAUUUGGCUGUUCUGUCUUCUCUCGCUGUGUUGUGGUCCUACGGAGCAAGCGAAGCCCGUGUCGGUGGAGCUGAGCUGCGGGGCCGGGCCCAGCCACGUCGUGUUGGAGUCGGGGUCCCCCCUGCGGCUGGACUGCAGCCUCGGGGCCAGCGAUGCACCUUUCAACAUCACCUGGCUUCGGGACGGCCGGCCUCUUCCCUCGGGGGGGCGGGACUUCCUGCAGCAUUUGGCCAACGGGUCCCUCCUCCUGCUGCCCACCUCCGGGGCGGGCCGGCGUCUCCGCGGCGUGGAGGGGGGCUACGCCUGCGUGAGCGCCAGCGCCCUCGGAGCCCUGACCAGCCGGACGGUGAAUGUUCUUCUAGCAGGUCUGUCCAAGUUCCACCAGGAGCCGUCCCCUCAGACGGCGCCCGCAGGGGGCGUGGCUCGCUUCCAGUGCCAGAUUGAGGGAGUCCCCGCCCCCGUCAUCACCUGGGAGAAGGACUCGGUGGCGGUCCCCGAGGAGUCACGGUUUGUUUCCCUCCUCAACGGCGUGCUCCAGAUCCUGGAGGUGACCCAGGAGGACGAGGGCGCUUACCGCUGCGUCGCGUCCAACUCCGCCAGAAGAGACGUGUCUCGCGAAGCCCGGCUCGCCGUCAACACAGGCUCCACUGAAGCCCUGAAUGGAGUUGCCAUCGUUUCACCCCCCCAGAAUGCAACAGUGGUGCUGGGCCGCCCCGCUGUGAUGGAGUGUAUGGCUCAAGGCCAGCCCAAGCCCCUGGUGUCCUGGAGCAGGCUAGAUGGAAAACCCAUUUCUACGGACGUGGUCGUCCUGGCGACCAACCUGGUGAUCCGGGACACGAGGCGUCACCACGCCGGCGUCUACGUCUGCCGGGCCAACAAACCCAGAAGCAGAGAGUUCAUCAACGCCGCCGCUGAGCUGCGCGUGCCGGCCCCUCCAGUGAUCCUCCAGCCCCCGGAGACGGUGUCCCUCUCCCGGGGCAACACGGCCCGGUUCGUGUGCAACAGCUCCGGGGAGCCCCCCCCGGUGCUGCACUGGCUCAAGGACGGCCGGCCAAUCAGGUCGUUCCGCCGCGUGAAGACCCAGAGCCCCGGCGUGCUGCUCAUCAACCAGCUGGCGCUGGAGGACGAGGGCUACUACCAGUGCAUCGCCGACAACGGGCUGGGCACGGCGUGCGCCACUGCCAAGCUGACGGUCAUCGUGAGGGAGGGGCUGCCCAGCCCCCCCCGCCACCUGCAGGCCACGCCCUCCAGCACCACGGCCCUGCUCACCUGGGAGAAGCCCGAGUACAACUCGGACCAGAUCAUCGGCUACUCCGUGCACUGCCAACGCGCCGCAGGCUCGGAUAACGAGGAGUACCAGUUUGCGAUGAACAACGACACCACCGAGUAUCACAUCAAAGAGCUUCUCCCGCACACCGCCUACACCUUCCUGGUGGUGGCGUACUCUCCCAUGGGGGCCAGUCGCCCAUCCCUGCCCGUUACCGUGGAGAUGCUGGAGGACGUACCAAGUGCCCCCCCUCAGCUGUCCAUCGUCAGCACCUCCUCCACCGACAUCCGGCUGGUGUGGCACCCGUUGUCCUCGCAGCACAGCCGGGGGUCCGUGACCCGCUACCGCAUCCAGUACAGCACUCUGGACCAGGUGGACUCCGUGUUCUCGGUGGACGUGCGGGGCAAUGAGACUGAGCUCACGCUGAGGGAGCUGCAGCCCGACCAGGAUUACCGCCUGAGGAUCUCAGCCGGGACCGGCGUGGGCUUCGGGGUUCCCUCUGAGUGGGCCCUGCACCAGACGUUAGCCAAUCACAGCACGGUGAUCUUCGCCCCCACGGAGCUGAAGGUCAGAGCCCGAGUGGACAUACUGAAUGUGACGUGGCACCCGUCGCCCAAUCACACGCUGGUGUCCGGGUACAAGCUGUCGUGUCGGGAGGCAGAGGAGUCGGACAAUGUGGACAACCCCACGCAGACCCUCACCAUCAGGCUGCGGAAGAAGGCCCGGUACCAUCUCCUCACCGGGCUGGUCCCUGAUCAGCAGUACGAGGUGAGGGUUUGGGCCUUCAACAAACAGACGGAUGGAGCGGCCGCCGUGUGGAAGGGAAGGACGGACAAGACCCACGACAGAGCGACGUCGUUGUUGCCGCCCAUGCGCCCCCCUCCAUUGCCCCCAAGCAGCAUCCAAGCGGCGGCCAACGGCUCCACCUCCAUCCUGCUGCGCUGGGAGAAGCCGCGCUUCAGCAACGUGCGCAUCGUCAACUACACGGUGCGCUGCAGCCCGGCGGGAACCACCAACGCCUCGCUGGUCUCCUACUACACCAGCUCGGCCCAGGAGAUCCUGCUGGGCGCUCUGAGGCCGUUCACGCGCUACGAGCUGGCGGUGCAGUCGAACGGCGUGGACGUGGUGGGACCGUUCAGCGGCACGGUGGAGGAGUCCACCUUCUCCGACCGGCCCUCCUCGCCUCCCGAGGAGCUGCAGCUGAGCGCUCUGGACUCGUCGUCCGUGGCGGCGAGCUGGCGCCCCCCGCUGGAGCCCAACGGCGUCAUCGUGGGCUACAGGAUCCUGUUCAGCGGCAACCUCAGCCAGCCGGAGCACCUGUGGGAAAAGCUCUCUCAGGACGGGAGCGUCACCAGCGUGGAGGUCCAGGGCUUGUCCAGCGACACGCGGUACUUCUUUAAGCUGGAAGCGUCAACGGAGGUGGGGCCGGGGCCGUUCUCCCCCGUGAAGGAUGUUCACACCCCCCUCCAGAAAUAUGAGCUGGACGUCCAUGCAGUGACGGGCAUCAUCGUGGGCGUGUGCCUGGGACUGAUAUGCAUCCUCCUCUGCCUGUGUUUCAGCUUUCGGAACGGGAAAUCGAGGGAGGUGUCUGGAGGCCUGGACUCCACAGCUGUGACCCCUCAGUUCAGGCGGGGAGGCUGCCCCGUCGCCGCCGACGUGCCAGAGUGCAGCGACAUCCACGAGCUGGAGACGCUGAUGCCCCCGGGGGGCAGCAGAGAGUCUGGGCGGCUGCCAGAAGAAACCCCGGAGGAGCAGAGCCUGAUGGCUGCUUGGAAUGGCUCUGUGAGUCAUGACUGGGCCAACAUAAUCACUAGAUUCAGAGACACCAUAACAGAAGACCCUCCAACACUCUUUAAUGGAGCUCUCAGCAAGCUAAAUACUGAUAAUGGCACGGACACAGAAGAUCCUCUCUGUGCAUCCGUGUGCAGCAACCAGGUGGAGGCAGAAGUUACCGUCCACUCAGGGCUGUCGGAGCCAGGAGGGGAGAGAGAGGAGGAGGAAGAGGAAGAGGAGGAGGGCGGCGACAGGGAGAAGGAUUCUACCACCACCAGGGGACCCUCAUUAUCAGAGGACGCAUGUUCCCCUUUGAGCGAUCCGAGCCCGACGGGAGAAGAAGAGAACGCGUUCGGACAAAAACUAUCGCCGGCCCGGAGCCCCGCGAGUCUCCCCUCGGUGAAGAUGGCGGCCGAUCGCGCCGGGGAGCCGCGAGGCGCCGGGGACCGCCGGCCGAGUGCGGCCGCGGGGCCGCGGAGCGACGCAGGGCUCACCAACGGCUUCCACUCGCCGGAAAACGGGCGACCUGCGCCGAGGUCGGAACAUCUGGAGAACGGGGACUCCGGGCGGCGGGGAAGGCCGUCGCCGGGAGGACGAGGCCGGCCCAGUUCGCCGGCGCCGGCCUCGUCCACUCGACCUCAGCGGCGCUCGGCGACCUGUGCCCGGAGCGCCUGCAUGUAGGGCAGCAACCCUCAACACACACACACACACACAGACUGGUUUUCUUUCUUUCAUGUACCCAGGUAGAAUCCCGAGGGAUUAAAAAAAAAAAAGUUCCCUCAUUA